CCGCAACCAGUCGCGAACAGUCAGCUCAUCCUGGAUAUCAUCUAUCAGCUACGCUAAGCAGACAAAAUGACGAUCGAAAAGCGACAACGAGUUAUGCUCGUGCUAUGCCUGAUAUUUGGCAUAUGGCAUAUGGGCACACAAUGGACAACUACUUUAUUGUCUUUUCUACAAUGGGAUACUGUUGAAGUGAUGACUAUAGUUGAUCUAGGCUAUAUUCAAGCAUUUGGCAGUGUUUGUAAUGCUAUUGGAGCUCUAGCUUUCGGACAGAUGGCAGAUUCUGCCGGUCCUAAAGCUAUGUUCAUGUUAUCCUGCUUAUUUACUGCCAUUUAUUAUUCGGGAAUUUCUAUCGCCAAGUCAUGGUAUGGAUUUUUUUUCCUCCAGAUUCUCCGUUUUGGUUACCAGUUAGACAGCACUGCAGAGAUGUACUUGGCUACGGUAACUACAGAGAGAGAAAGGACAGGAGCUCUGAUGAGACUUACAUUCCCUCAGGCGUUGGCCAUGUUCUUCGGACCAAUUGUUGGCUCAAAAAUCGCCGCAUACACUUCACUUCGAAUUUCACAAUUCAUAUGCGGUGUAGCACUUCUGGCUACAUUAUUACCAGUGCUCAUCUUCCUUCUACCAACUACUCAUUCGAUCCCUCGUCUGGCUACAGCACGUCUACGACCACAAGAUUAUUGGCCAAUGGUUACGAAAAAUACCGCUUUGAAAGAAGGCUUAGUCCUCCGAGCUAUCGUGGUCUCAUCAUACGUUUGCUUCGAAAUGAUUUCGAGAAAUUUCCUGCUACGUUCUUACAUGAGGGACACCAACGAUUCGGCCAUUGUACUCUUAGUCAUGGCCUUUUCUCUGCUCGGAGUGCAAUUCGUUGUGUUGCCGAUUCUGCAAAGGAAAGCAAGUCCGAGAACGUUGCUGCAAAUUGCUAUGAGCGGAUUGAUACUUUGCUAUUUCGCCGUUUCUUUCACCACAAAUUUCGAACAACUUCUCGUCAUUAUUGCCAUACAAACGGGUGCUUAUGCCGUCGCUUAUGCCGAGUCUUCCACACAAAUCACUAGUGCCGUCGAAAUCACCGACCUUGGCAAGGCAACAGGACUUGCGUCAACCGUUCAGUGGAUCUCCCACUUUGUUUUACCUAUCUACGCUUCACACCUUGUCGAAAAUUAUCACUUUACCUAUGCAUUUUACACCUCUACUCUUCUUUCCAUUAUCGGACUCGUCUAUGUGUCCAUAUUUGCAAAGAACACCAACAACAGGUUAGGAUCUCUGCUGCCGAGUCUUACUGUAACUUAUUGAUUCCACUGCUGCUGUGUAUAAUAAAUAUUCAAUUUUGCA